CGCGUCUAACUUCCGCCUGCAGAGUGGACUGUUUAGUGUGCUGUGUUGCUGCUCAUAACGGUUAGUGAUGUCUCAACAACCCCCACCGACGUGUCCAGCCGCCCCCGACUCCCCCGCGCUGGUAGUCACAUCUAAUGUUCAGAAAUAUGCCAUAAAGAAGAAGAAAGUCCUCAAUCCCGAGGAGACUGAGCUGUUUGACCUGACGGAGGCUGCAGGCAUCUCUGUGGACCAGGAGGUCUUCAAGAUUAUAGUGGACCUACUGAAGAUGAACGUGGCCCCGCAGGCGGUAUUCCAGACCCUGAAGGCCAUGUGUGCAGGUCAGAGGGUCACAGAAAGCUGUGGAGGAGAAACAUCGACUGCCUCCCACACAACAAGUGUGAACACAGCACCCACAGAGGCCAGAGAAGAGGAGUCUUUGGUCUCUGGGAAGAGCCCUAAGCUUCCCGCGGCUCCCCCCUCAGCGUCGGGCCCCAGAGCCACAAAGGUCAACACUAAGAUUGCGGUCUACGGCCCCCAAGAUGCUAGCUCUCCUCACUCCCAAGCGAUGCGCAGUAAAGGGGGUGCGAGCCACAGCGACAAGAGCAGAGAGACCUCCGGCCAGCGGGUGCAGCGGCAGCCCAGUGCCACCAGAGGGCAGAAGACCAAGAGCUCCGGCAGCAGCAGCUCCUCCUCGCAGAUCAACUCCACAUAAGACUGUGAUAAAUGUGGGUUUUACUUUGAGCUAUAAAAGCUAAGAAUGUCAGAAACUUUAAACAAACCCACAGACAGGGGUGAUAUACAAAAGGACAAUCUUUAUUCAUAAUUAGCAGUUCAUAAAACACAUAGGGGGCUUCGAGAGGGAUGUCAGUCGAGGCUCAGGCUUCAACAACAGGGUCGCCUCUUAAAUGGUACACAGUGACAGCCCACUAUACUUCAGGCUAGUUUCCCUAGCUUGUACGACACGCUCUAAACACAGCAUGGAGAGUCACACACACCACCUGGGUGAGAUCUGUCUUAUCACCAUCCUCUAGAACUGCACAGAGUAGGCCUUACAGCGCCACCACUGCAGGACUAGUGACAGCCAUCUUUACAGACUGUGAACUGCCAAGAGUUGGUGUGAGGAUUGUAGCGAGACCUUUCAUCAGCUUAAAGCCACAUUAUGUAACAAUACUACUCUUGACCAAAUGGGGACAGUAUUUAAAGACAAACAUCCAGUGCAUCACUUCUCUUUCAUUAAAUGACUGAGGUGCACCUCGAUGAUUGCUGCAGGAGCAUCCGAAACCCACUGAACAACCACGAUGACAGCAAGUUUUUAAACAACAUAACAGUUUUUCCUAUUCCUAUCGAAGAGGAAUAAAAAUGAGUGUAGCUGGGAAGUCAACACAGUAAAUCUUCAUUUUUCUUCACCUACUUAUGUUAAUUACUUGAUUGAAAAAUAUUUUAAAGCACACAUAUCAGUUGAAGUUGUUCUAUGCAGUAAUUCCACUUGUGACCACUUGGGGUCAGCACAUGAGCACUGACGUGAGCCAUGCAGAGUAUCAACAGAAGUCUUAGAACUUGUGAAUAGAUGGCAGCUUGUUAAAAUUCAAGGGAAAUGAGCUGUAAAUAGCCCUGUUCACUUUUACUCCCUUCUUUUGGGGUUAAAAUUAAUUAAAAAUAUUUAUUAUUUGUUGGUUUGUUGAUCAUCUGAAGUGGGUCCAAGUCUGUAUGAGGUUAAAGUUGAAUCACAUUCUGUUUGCAAAGUUGUGUAAUCAAUGAAGAUGUUCUCUUGUGGUAGUUUUUAUCUGCAAGUAUUAUCUUAAGUUUCACUAAAUUAAGCCUUCUCAACCAUCGCUUGAGUAUUUUUCAAGUUCUUUUUAAAGUAAAAGAAAAAGUGUCUUCUCGUUCUUGAUCUUCGAAGAGUCACGAAAAGAAAAAAUAUUUAAUCUUGUUGCCAUAUUCAAGUCAAACCAGUGAAGUUGACAGAAAUAUUAGUUUACAUUUUUUUCUUUUUAAAAGUGUAUUGUGUACAUCUAAAUACAAGUAAAUUGAAAUAUAACCAGAAA